GGACGAAGAGAUCAAACGACUGUUCCUAGUCCAGAGGACAUUGAUGCAGAUGCUGAAGGAUCGUGGCUACUUAAUCGACGGUUCUGAAAUUACAAUGACCCUAGAAGAGUUUAUUGAGAAAUAUGGCGACAAUAUGAAAAGGAGUCUCUUGUUACUCUCAAAGCUAAGAAAAAUGAUGACAAUGAUAAGCUUUAUAUUUUCUUCCCCAAUGCUUCCAAAGUUGGAAUUACGGAGAUGAAGAAAUACAUAGACCAGUUAAAAUCGGCAAACGUUUUCAGAGCAAUUUUAGUGGUGCAAGAUAUAAAGGCAUUUUCUCGCCAGGCUCUGGUUUUUUUAGGUGCGGUCUAUCCAAUAUUUCAUAUUGAAGUUUUCCAGGAGAAGGAAUUGAUAGUGAACGUUAAGGAACAUGUUUUUGUUCCUGAGCAUCAAGCUCUUACUACUGAAGAGAAGCAAAAGUUUCUAGAGAGAAAGAGAACCAGCUUCCAAGGAUUCACGUGACUGAUCCAAUUGCGAGAUACUUUGGACUAAAACGUGGCGAAGUCGUCAAGAUCUCUCGACUGAGUGAAACAUCUGGUCGUUAUAUUACUUAUCGCUAUGUUAUAUAACCAAAACCGUUGACAAUGAUUUAUUUAUGACCUUGUUUGGG